CCAAGCAUUCAUUUCAUCUCUGCGGAACCAUCAUGAAGCGAUACCGACGCGCGGUCGUCAGCAUCCGAGGCUGUCGUUGAUCUUCAUGUGGGCAAUGGCCUGGACGUCACAUGACCUCCUUUUCACGCUCCCAUCUGGCUACAUUGAGUUGAUUUGAGCCUUGAGUGUGCGUCUACCACCCCGAUUAACCCUCACUCGCGACCUGGAUCCUCUGUAACCCGGAGCUUGGGACACCAAGACCAAUGCCGAGACUCUGCGGUUUCUCACACAGUUCCUUCGAAAGCCAUGCAGACUUCAAGCAAGCGUGUAUUGCGCUGCUUCGAGCUCUACAGCCGUACCAGUCACCCGGCGGGGCAAGAAUCAAGCUGCCCCUUGCAACCGGAACGCACUUCGACGAGAUCGCAGCUCAACUGGAAGGAUUCGCUCGGCCACUAUGGGCGAUAGGCGCCCUGGUACACGGCGGUACUCUGACGAAAGAGGAAGAGGAAGAGCUGGUGGAGCCCUACGUUCGAGGUCUCGCAAACGGCACCGAUCCGUAUCAUCCUGAGUACUGGGGACCGGUUGUGGUUCGCGACCAAAGGAUGGUGGAGAUGGAGAUCAUAUCCUUUGCGCUCCUAACUGCACCGGAAACGCUCUUCGGACGUCAGAGCCCCGAAGCGCAAGGGAAUAUCAGGGACUGGCUGGCUACGAUAAAUGGGAAGGACUUCCCAGUCACGAACUGGCUUUGGUUCCGCGUAAUGACGAAUCUGGCUCUCGUUAGGGUCUGCGGUGUGCCGUAUGAAAAAUUAAAGAGCUCUAUGAAUGCGGACCUUGACCAGAUGGAGCAGUUCUAUCUGGGUGAUGGCUGGGCCGCAGACGGGAUUUGGAGCGAUGAAGGACGACAAGCGGACUACUAUUCCGGCAGCUUCGCCAUCCAGUUUUCCCAGCUCGUGUAUGUCAAGAUGGCUGAGGACUUGGAUCCAGCCCGCUGUAAGACGUUUCGGGAGCGUGCAGCUGCCUUUGCGUCCUCCUUCUGGCGCUAUUUCGACACAAACGGAGCAGCCAUCCCUUUCGGUCGAAGUCUUACCUACCGCUUCGCCUUUGCUGGCUUCUGGUCCGCCGCGGCGUUCGCAGAGGUAGAGCUUCCCGCCCCUCUAAACGACCGGGGUCUCGUCAAACGCCUCUUGCUCCAACACUUCCGCUGGUGGAGCAACAAAUUCCCCGAGCAAGACAUGUUCAGCGCGGACGGGACCCUCACCAUCGGUUUCGCCUACCCCAACAUGUACAUGAGCGAAGACUACAACUCGCCCCAAUCGCCGUACUGGGCCAUGAAGUCUUUCGUUGCUCUGGGUCUCCCGGACGUUCAUCCUUUCUGGACAGCUGAAGAGAAGCCAAUCCAUCAGAGUGAGCGGAGACUGGCAACCGUCGUGGAGCCGCCAAUGCACAUAAUCUGCCACACCAGCCACCACCACUUCCUCCUCAACAUGGGCCAGUUCUGCCCCUGGCCACUAAAAGCCACCGAAGCUAAAUACGGGAAAUUCGCAUACUCUUCUCACUUCGGCUUCAGCGUGCCCACCGGCCCUCUACUCCCGCAAAUGGCCCCGGACAGCACGCUCGCACUAAGCAAGGAUGGAGGCGAUACAUGGCGCGUUCCCUGGAAAGUCGAGAGACCACGAUUCAGCUCUGUGUCCCUUGUCACGGUAGAUCGGGAGCCUGAAUCGGUACCCACACUAUCCAGCGUAUGGCGACCAUGGAAAGACGCAGAUAUUGAAGUGCAUACCCUCCUCAUCGCGUCAUGCACUGCGUGGCCGGAUUGGCACAUGCGCGCUCACAAGAUCAUCAACAAGGGAACCCAGCCAACUAAGAUACUGGCGGUACCGUCCGGCUUCGCGAUCCAAGGGCGCGGGUCUCGUCAUGGAGAAGUCCUCCCUUCGCACGCCGACGACGCGCGCCUCUUUGCCUGGCGCAAGCCCACGCAGAUCCUGGAGGGCACGCUUCAAUCCCGAGAUGGCGCUCUGAUAUGCUCUGACGCCGGCAUGAGCGGGAUACGACAACCUGUCUUUCAUGGCAAGAGCCGGCUAGAGGAGGUGAGGGGCGAGGUUCUGAAGCCGGAUGCUAAUACAAAUUUGAUGUGGCAGAGGACGUUGAUACCUACCAUUAGGGCAGAAACGAAGGUUUUGGAGGCGAAUGAGGAGGCCGUUCUGAUAUCUGGAGUAUUUGCUAUCGGUAAGAAGACGACGUAUAAUGAGUUGGACCUGGCGAAGAAGUGGAAUGAUGUACCUGUGAUUUGCGAGAAGGGAUCAAGCUCACGGAGAGAGGCAUGUAUAGAGAUUGACCUAGACACCUUAGUUUAGGAUAGCGUGCAGCGAUAAUAGAAUGCUUGAGUUGG